GAAAAAACUCGAUUGACAAUGGACACCGAAAGUAAACCACGACAGUCAGCAUACCGAGGGCGCCAAAAUGGUGAAAAGAAAGGUCGCCGCGCUCGAAAAGGUAGAGGCCGAUCUGGUCAGUCUGCAAUACAAGAUUAGGAGAGACCCUCGCUCGUACGCCCAAGAGUUCUUUGACCAGUGGCUUGCAUACGAUGCGCAACGCCAGAUCUUUAUUUCAUCUCCCGCGACGGCCUCGAGCGAGGACGUAAAGAAGUUUCACGACCUCGUCGAUCUGGUCGCCCACGUGGCCGACCUCUACCCCGAUCUCACCGCCCCGUUCCCUGACCACCUGAAGGAGCUCCUAAACCAGCACCAUGCUACGCUCGACAAGGAAUUGCGGGAAAAAGUGGUGGGCAGCCUGGUGCUGCUGCGGAGGAAGGACGUUAUUGACUCGACCAGCCUGCUAACAACACUGUUCCCAAUCCUCAUCUCCACGCCCAGCAAGACGCUUCGAUCGCUCUUAUACACCAAAAUCAUAAGUGACCUACGGGAAUCAAAUUCAAAGGCAACCAAUCACCGUCUCAACAGAACUAUUCAGACCGUCCUCCACAACCUUGUCACUUCAGACCGCACCUCUACCAAGGGUAUGUGGGCCACGCGGAUUACCCGCGAACUAUGGCGCCGCCAGAUAUGGACUGAUGCGAGGCCUUGCGACGUCAUGAAGGAGGCUUGCUUAAGCGACAACGAAAAAGUGGUUGUCGGAGGUGUCCGCUUCUUCCUAGGGGGGGAUAAAGAGAGAGAGGAGCUAGAGGAUGACUCGAGCGGUGAUGAGAUUGACCUGAAGAAAGUCAAGCAUCAAGGGACAAUAAAUAAAAAAACGAAAAAGCGCCAAAAGGCGUAUGAGAGAGCCCUGGAGAAAGUCAAAAGGCAAGAGCGCAAGAAGAGUGCGCCCUCGCCGUUGAAUUUCUCGGCAUUGCAUCUCAUCCACGACCCACAAGGGUUCGCCGAGAAGUUGUUCCAAAAGCACUUGCAAAAUGCGAAAAACAAGUUCUCGCUCGAUAACAAGCUCCUCAUCCUACAGCUCGUCACUCGCCUCGUCGGCCUGCACAAGCUCACAAUCAUCUCCCUCUAUUCUUGGUUUGUUCGUUACCUGACACCCAAGCAAACGAAUGUCACGUCGUUCCUCGCAUCAUUAGCCCAAGCAACGCACAACCUGGUACCACCGGAUGUGCUCGAGCCACUCAUUGUCAAGAUCGCGAAUGAGUUUGUGUCGGAAGCAUCCGCAUCCGAGGUGGCCGCUGCUGGCAUCAAUGCCAUUCGAGAGGUGGCACUUCGGCAACCGCUCUGUGUAAACGAGACACUGCUGCAAGAUCUGGUCAUGUAUCAGAAGAGCAAAGACAAGGGCGUAGUCAUGGCGGCCAAAGGCCUGCAGUCUCUGUAUCGCGAGGUCUAUCCUGAGUUGCUUCAGAAGAAGUACCGUGGCAAGGAAGCUACCAUGGGCCUUCGCUCAGGGGAGGUAAAACAACGGAAGUUCGGCGAGGAAGAGGAGGGAGGUAUUGAGGGUAUCGAGCUUCUUGAGAAGUACAAGGAGGAGCAAAAGCGACAGAAGCAGGCUGAGCAAGCGGCGGCAAACGACGGAGAUGUCAAAGACAAGGACGACGAAGAUGAGGAUGGUUUCAAUUCGAGUGAUUGGGAGGUUGGAUCGACAGAGAGCGAAUCAUCAACGGGCUGGAUAGACGUCAGCAGCGAGUCAGAAAGCGAGGACGAACCCGCCAAAAAGCGUCUACGGAGGGAUUCGUCCGAUGUUCCCGACCUCGUCGAUACCUCAAAGGAAACAGACUCUUCCGCUGCCGCUGCCGAGGCCACCAGGAUAUCCAAGCUUGCCACCACCUCCAUCCUCACUCCCGCCGACCUCGCUAAGCUGGCUGAACUUCGUCGUGAAGCCAAAAUCGACAAGGCUUUGGGCAACCAAUCAAAACGCAAGAAGGAACUUAUCCAAAAGCAUAUUGACGAGGGCCUCACGGCCGAGGACAUUGAGCUGCCCGCGCAGCUGGGCAAGAAGACGACCAAGGAGGAGAGGAUAGCGCUGGCCAAGGAAGGGAAGCCCGGGCGCGAGGAGCACAAGUCGACGCAGGCGAUCCGCAAGGCCAAGAAGGAGGCCGAGGGGAAGAGCACGACCAACAGGGAGAAGGCGCGCAAGAAGAACUUUCUCAUGACGGUCGGCAAGGCGAGGGCGAAGCACAAGCGGAGUCUGGUCGAGACGAGGAAGACGCUGCGGGCUCACAUUGCGAGGAGCAAGAGUGGCGGGAGGAGGAGAAAUGGGUUGUAGACGGCUUGCGUCGUGCUUAUUGGGUAGCUAUGUCUGUCAAUGAUAUUGAGAUGACGGCUCCAAACGACAUCGUCCCGCCGCGUGAUGCCAACGGCACUUUGGCGUAGAAGAUAUCGAACUACGCACUUGGUCGACCUAAUGCUUCAUCGCUCCACGUUUGCCUCUGUGGUGUUUAUAUUGUUGUUGGUUUGGUUUUUGAGUCAAUAUUGCUUAUCGAAGGGAUUGUCCCCGUGGUCCUAGCCUCCUAGGUCAAGCUGAAUCUUGCGCGGACUGGGGCAAUACUACUAAUACCAUAGGUACUAUACUAUC